GCACCUUCGCUGUUGUCCCCAGCUGUACCGGGCCCAACAGAUAUUUCCUGGAUGAUUGUCAGAGCAUGAUUUAAGAAUUGCCAAGAGAGCACCUCCAUCAAAGAUUGAAAAUGCAGUCGGACGAAGUCCCUCGAUUCAGCUAUUUCUCUUCGCUGUCUCAAAAGGUCGUUUCUUCUUCUAGCUGGGAGGAGAUCUUCUCCGGCCAAUUCACCGAGCAUCUGCAGGAGAGCAAGAAAACGGAAGGGAAUGUCUGGUGGCUCGACAUCUGUGAUGCCACCGAGGAAGACGUCAACAUCGUGUCUCAGGCAUUGUCUAUCCAUCCUUUGACAGAGGAAGACAUCAUCACGCGUGAGCCGAGAGAAAAGGUCGAGGUCUUUCGGAAUUACUACCUAAUCUCUUUCCAGACAUUGGUGACCUCCGAGGACAAUAAUGGAGAGAAGGGUGGAUCCAACUCGCCGGCCAGCAUUUUUUCGUCGACCCCUGCAUCUGCGGGAUGCUACAUCCUCGUCUUCAAGAAUGGCGCGGUGACCUUUUCGCCUACCGGCUGUGGACAUAUAAGCCGAGUGAGGGAUCGAAUUCGCCGACUGCCUGACCCGGCCAUCCUGUCAAGCGAUUGGAUUUGCUAUGCUAUGAUAGACGAUAUCAUCGAUAGUUUCCAACCUUACAUGCAAGCCGUGGAACGCGAGUCCGAAGCGAUCGAGGAUGAGGUCUUCAUCGCACGCGUAGACGACGUCAGGUCUCUUCUUCCCCGUGUCGACAACCUCCGCAAAAAGAUCACUCACCUCAUCCGAUGCCUCAGUGGCAAAGUGGACGUCCUGAAUGGCUUCAUCAAGCGGUGCCAGGCCAAAGAUAAACAGCCUGUCUUCCCAGACGGUGACUUGAUCAUGUACUUGGGCGAUGUGCAGGACCAUCUAGUAACCACCAUGUCGAGUCUGUCGCAUUUUGAUGAGAUCGUCGGCCGAUCGCAGUCAAACUGCCUCGCGCAGUUGAGUGCCAACAACCUGCGUCUGAGUCUGAAUAUCAAUGAAGUUCUCAGCAAGGUGACUGUUUUGGCCACGAUCUUCGUGCCGCUCCAUAUGGUAACGGGACUUUUUGGCAUGAACGUUACUGUCCCUGGUGAGGGUGUGCCUGGGCUCGGUUGGUUUUUUGGGAUUGUAGGUUGUUUCAUCGCAUUUAUCUUAUUAUCAUGCCUCAUUGCGGUGAGGUUUAAACUGCUGUGAAUAUUGUUUUGGUUUUGAUGGAUAUCAGUGUUUGCUUUCAGAUUGGCUGGUUUGAGGCCAUGCGUUUCUUUGUGAAUAUGCUAUCUAACCUCGGCAAGUGCGCAUCAUCCAAACCCAAUGGUUCUCCGCAUACUU